CACCGCCUGAGGAAUGUCAACUAUUCAACAUGGAGACGGCGGUUACUACGCUCGAGACCAUGUUCCAGAAGGCGGAAUCUGAUCUGGAUUACAUCCAGGCAAUGUUGGAGUUUGAAAUGAUGAAACGGCUCCCUAAUGGACUCUCUCAAGAGGAAAAUCCUCUGGUCCUUGUACAGCAGCUUUCAGUGGUGAAAUCUCGUUACAAAACAUUGUGUGAACAGCUAGAGAAGAUUUCUGCGGAGCGGCGAGAGUCCAUGCGCGCUAUCCGUGCCACUCUUGCCAAAACAGUGAAGCUGGUCCAGGAAAUGCAGCACCACGCUGGUACAGAGAUCUCCUCUCUGUCUGAAGAAGAACAGCUUGCAAUGCAGCACUUAAUGUGCCAGACUCCUGAAGUGAGAGAAGGUUUGACAGAACAGAACUGUCCAAAAGAACAUGAAAUCCACUGAUGCCUUGCUAAACAUUUCAGAAAGGAGCUUUCCAGUUGAUGGUGAUGAACAAGGCCAUACAUUUUCAUUUAUAUUUUUUUAUCUGUUGGACAUUAUUCCUGUGCUUGGUACCUACGUCCCAAAACAUUGUUUAGAUGACCAAUGUGUAAAUGGUGCUGUUUUGAAUUAUGUGCUGGUGUUGAUAUUGUGUCUUUAUUAAGAUUUGGAAAGGUUUACAAAAUUAUCAGCCAGUUACAUAAUCUGAAUACUUCUGCCCAAAGGGCAGUUUUUUGUUUAUAUUAUUUAUAUAAGGAAUCUUGCCCUUCUAGUAUUUAUACAUUAAAAUUAAUUUCUGACCUACCAGAACAUUCUGUAAAAUUAGAUUGUGGUGGUUAUUUUAUUUUGCUUAGCCAGAGGCUGUACAAAACCAAUAAAAGAGACAGCAAUCCAUAAUUCCACAACUGAUGAAAAGACUGCCCAUGAACCAAACAAGAGUCUAUUUUUUCCCCAGAAAAUUAAUAAACAUUGGAUCUUCUAAACUCCUAAAUUGCACACACAAUAUAAUGCUUUGUGUCAAAAAUACCUUCAUCCCUUAAGGAAAAUGUUCCAUAGUAAAAAAUAAUACUUUUUAUUAAGAAUUUCAAACAGUACCAGGAUAUUUGAAGAAUAAUAGUAGUAAAUUUCUCUACUUUCUCAGAUUUAUAAAGCUAGACAUAUGUGCUUCUUCCUUAUUCAAAUUUUGGUACUGUGAAUGUGGCCCUUUCACUAUUGCAAAAUUACGCUACCGAACUUCUUAACAUUCUGAUAGCCUUGCUCUAAUUUAAUAGCUUUAAUACUCAUUCUCUGACAUUGAAGCAAAUGAACUUAAACCAUGAGUUUUGAAAUGAUUGUAAGAGAAGUCAGACAUUCUAGUUUCAAAUAAAAUAUGCUUAACCAAAAACAAAUGGCUGUAAGCUGUAUUGUGGAAUCAGGUGAUAUCACUGUGCCUUCAAAAAGUAGAUUAAAUACUGUGAAAAAUGCCCACAGAAAUCUGGAUUCAACUCUUUCUUUGGUAACAGAAGCUCCUGAAACCCAGAUUGGGACAUUUAGUAAUUGGGCUAGAGCUUUUGCUUCAACGAUAUGAACUGUUGGUUAAAAUAUCCCCUUUAAUCUGAAAAAAAUGAGCAGUUGUUGCUGAACUUUGGCUAGACUUCAUAAUAGCAUACUUGGAUACAUCAAACUAUAUAGCCACUCUA